AUUCUGCAGGAACAGCAAGUGACAAGCUACUGGGAAACUUCAAGCUGCAAUCAAUUUUGGGUCCUGAAGCGGAGCAGCUGCAGAGGAGCAGUCCGGCUCUCGGAUGGGACGUCUUUAAGGACUUGUAUAGCUUAAAUGACUAUAAUGAAUAUGUACCUGUGGCAGACGACUUCAAAGAACUUGUUCGUGAGGUAGAGGAAGCUGUUCAGAAGGACAGGGGAGGAGCAGGAAUUGCAAACACCAUGGGAUCAAACACUUACCUCUGGGCCAGGUAUCCCAGAAGAAAACGAGAAUCUCUGGGUUUGGCAGGAAUGUGUUGCAAAUGGGGCUGUACAAAAGCUGAAAUCAGUACCAUAUGCAGAGUUUAA